GAAGGGUUACUAAGGUCCUCAACAUAGCAACAACAAGAACCAAGAUGGAGUCCAGACGAAGAUAGCAGAACGCUCAGAAAAUACACCGAGAAAAAUUCGCAGUUUAAAAUAUAUCAGUUAAAAAUGUCGCAUACACGUUUGCCGCCUCUUCCGCCGUCAUUGUCAAGUCAAGCACAAAUAGCUAAUAAAGUGCCCAAGCAAUACAAUGGGUUAAGUGGGCCAAGUUAUUCCUUAACGUCUGCUAAUGGUGCACAGAAAUACACUCUCCCUCCGGCCCUAGUUCUCCAGCCUAAUGUUGACACAAGGGCUGGAACCCUGGAUACCUGGCCUGCCCACGCCCUUGGCCCAAGUGCUCCAGACCUUAAUCCUGGUGCUGUUAAACAGUCGACCGAGUUUAUGCCUAAGGGUGUCCAUAAACCCAAAUUCCUGGAGCAGCUUGAGGCGUUUUUACAGAAGGAGUUAAGGUCCCUGGACUGUACAGAGAUGGUGCCAAGUGAAAAAAGGCUACAGGCAUUUAGAGAGGUGUUUGAGUACCUGAUAGAAGACUUCAAGACCUAUAAACCUCUGCUGUCAGCCAUCAAGCAUGAAUAUGAGAUGAUGCUCAUUCACCAGAGGGAAAGAAUUCGAGAUCUGGAACCUCUCAAGGCGAUGUUAGUUACUGUCUCUGAGCAGUGUGAGAAAAAACUGUUCUCCAUGAAACAAGAAGAGAAGUCUGACAUGAUAGAUAUGAGAAAGGAAAACCUGAAACUCCAGAGGACUAUAGAACAGCUGAGAGAGGACCAGGUUUCCUUAAAGGUACAGGUUGAAAAACUGCAAGAGGAGGUCGGUGCGGAAUACCUUCGAUACAGAAAUGAGUGUGAUGCAAGGAAAAUGUUGAUCGCCGACAUCAAUGAGCUGAAAUACCAGCAGGAAGACUCCAAGACAAGUACUGACGAGGAAGGGGAGGGGAAGGAGGAUGUCACAUUCCUCAAACUGGCACUCAAGAAAGCGAGGGAGGAUCUUGAUGCUAAGAACUACAAACUUGCCAAGAUGGAGUCAGACUAUGGCGACGUUGUUCCCAGACGAGACUUCGAGAAGCUGGAAGCUCAGUGUGCGAAACUUCAAAAAGACACCGAGCAGUUCACAUCAGAUCACCAGAAGCUGAUGCAAGAACACAAUGCUCUAUUGGAAGUAUAUAACAAAGUUUUGGAGCAGCGUGACCAGUUUUCUCUCGAUAACGAUGCCAUGCGACGGAGUGCGACCCCAAGGCCAAGAUGGGACAAAUGUGGACAGUAUGUGGAGGGUGGCCCGGACAGAUGGAAUGAGUUAUCCCAGAACCGGACAAGUGAUGAGCUGGUUGACGUGCUGUUGGCCGAGAUGACCGGACAGGACGUGUCUCAGAUACAGUCCGGCGCGUCCACCGGGGCCGAGUACUUUGAUGGCCAGGGAACUGGUCCCGAGGUUCCACGCUUCUUGCGCUUCGAGGGUCAAGUACGUAACCGCCGACUUGGCAAACGCGACACUUCUCUUCUGAUCAAAGACAUCUGGCAAGAGAAAGCGGCUCACGAUGCCGAGAAAGUGGAAGGCGAGCGGAGCGACCUGGGCGAGUUCCUCUACACAUAUCUGCAGCGUCGGUUUGGCAUCGAAAACAUGAUCAUUGAAUGGGGAUAUAACCUGUACGACGCAUGCAACCGGUACAACCAUGACCCCAGGAUAGGGCUGUUCUACGGCAUUCUACAAAAAGAGGUUGACGAGGCUGUCUACCACGAUCAGCUGGUCAUGCUCGAGAAACUCUACAACGCUCUGACAAAGGCGGACCUGGCGUCGGGAAAUCAGGGCUCGUUAUCGCGUGCAGAUUUCGAGCAAAGCAUGCGAGCUUUCUUCACCCUCAAAGACGACGAGUCCAUCACGGCCCUUAUCAAAGCGGCGGAGCAGGAGUCCCCCGGUGACGCCAUUACGUACAAGAACCUUUUCACCGAGGACGAAGAAGGCCGUGCUGGCCCGUUUGUUGACAAGGUGCGCGAUCAGGACAAGGUUGAACAGGCCUUGUACGUCAAGGAAGUGGAGAACGCCCUCGGUGGCGCUAGCGAGGUAUCGGUUGAGGAUGUGCGCCAGGCCUUCCAGGCAGUUGAUCCUCAAAUAAGUCCCGACAUCCUCACCAAGUACCUAAACCGCGCGUUCGCCUCGAAACAGGAGCCUGGAACCAAGGUCGAGACGGCGCUUUUGCUGAAGAGACUCCAGACCGGCAGCAUUAAAAGAGUUGGCAAGAAAUAAGUGGUCAAGAAAAGAAAUCUAAUUUUUAGCGCUUUGUAACAUGUUGAAUAUAUUGUAUAUAUGAUAAACAAAUAUUAGAAUUAAAAAACUUAACCAUG